AUGAUGAAGACACUCCUCCUCUCCCUACUGCCGCCACUCCUGGCUGCAACAGCCUUCUUUCCCUUCGUUUCAGGAGAUCGCAGUACCGCAUCUCCCAAGCUGCCAUUCGAUUACCACAGGUGCCAGUGCGAUUGUUAUGUCGUGUCGGGCCCUGAGCCGGGCUACUUCGAGAACUAUGCCUUUUGGGACUUUCGAAGGAUUCCUUUGCCGGACAGGAAGGUCAACGUCGAACAAAGCGACAACAGCUCCAAUCCCCUACUGCUGACCAAGAGAAGAGUUCACAACAGCGAGAGCGAACCACAGGAUACAAACAGUACCAAUAGGACCACGAUGGACGACGAUGAGGAUGACUCCAGUACCCUCCUCCUCUCACAUACUGCGUUUGCAUAUGACUGGAAACCGCAAAAGUGGCAUCGGCAUAGCAAUAGUGUGGGCCCCGUGCCCCUGCUCAACUCCCCGGAGAACGUCUUCUUUGCCAGAAAUCCUCUGGACGAAGACGAUCCCGAGUCCACCCAUCUCGUUCUGCGCGCAACACGGUUUUCAGACCACACCGCAACAGCCGAGAUCGAGCAUUACCUGCGCAACGUCUUCCAUUGUUCUCUCCGAGUCCGGAUGCGCGUUAUGUCAAUGGCGUCUGUGGCACAGCAGCCCAAGCUGUACGGACAUUAUCUGCCAAACAACACCACUACCCAGGGAUCGACGGUCCCCAGCGGCGCUUGUGCGGGCAUCUUCAUCUAUCGCUCCUCCACCUGCGAGUCUGACAUCGAGAUCUUGACCUCAGAUCCACACACCGUCGUCCGGUACGCUAAUCAACCAGACUACGACCCCGUAACUGAUACCGCGAUCCCAGAAGCUGGUUCGAUUGGCAUAUUGUCGGAACCAUGGACGAAUCCCACGACGCAUCGCGUCGACUGGCUGCACGAUAUCUCGCGCUGGUACGCCAACGAUGAACUGCAAGCCUCCAAGAGAUAUGGUGUCCCCAGUCUACCAAGUAUCAUGGCGAUCAAUCUGUGGAGCAAUGGGGGCAACUGGACCGGCGAUCUGUCUGUCGGACAAAGUGUGUAUGUUGGUAUCGAGUGGAUCGAAUUCGCGUACAAUACCUCCUUGAGAUUUCGCAAUGCGCCGGAUGAUAUUGUUCCCGUAGAGAGACAUAUGCGUGGACCUGUGGCUCGAUCUGCUUCCGAGCCCGAGUCCGACGACGACGUGGAAGCGUUGGAGGAAGCCGAUCGUCUCUCGGAGAGGAAGCGGGGACGCCAAUGUCGGAGACCGUGUUAUCUGGACGACGUCGAGUAUUCAUGA